GGAAUGAAUGGUCUUCGAGACCGUCGACCCACUACUCUAAAUGAGGCGGCCAAGUUAGCUGAUGAACAGUAUGAUUCGCGAUUACACGAAUUGUCCAAAUACCGACCGGCGGCUCGGGCCAAAAUCAAGGAAAACUACCGAACGACUUCAGGGCUCCUGUGCCAGCGGGGCCCACCCGGUACUCAGGACCACCCAGUAACAACACACCAGAUCGUCCCCGGCCCACAUGUUAUCGGUGUAAGUGACGCGGGCAUCUUAUGGCCAGCUGUCCACUGA